AAGCCGCCGGGCAGGUGACGCCACUAUCCUGCGACUACUACCACGAGUAGUGUAAACAAAGGCUAGUUUAAAGAUGUCUUAGCUGAAACAAUGAUAUAAAUACGCUACAGAAAUGUCUCUGGAGCGCCUUCUGCGUGACUUGACUAUUGAGUCUGAAAUCAAGGACGUCUUUUCUGUUCUUUCUGAAAUCCGGGAACGCUUCGAGGAGAGAGAUUCGGACAGGUCGAGCAUCCUGAGUCGCACAGCCGAGGUGUUCAGGGUCAGCGCUGUGUCCUGGCUCUUCCCCGAGUCCAGCUCGCGAUUACGGAGCACUUACGCAGAGCUGGUGAUCUCCUGGACUAAACACCCCGCUUUGCCUUUGUGUGACACAGACAGCGGGACUCUACCGGACACCAGCUAUGAACAGAUCCCAGGAAAAGCUCUGGCUGUCGGUGAAACUCUCCUGGCGCUGACCGCUCGACUUGGAGAGGCGCUGACAUAUGGACAUUCAGGGGUGAAGGCUCUGUUUCACACACUCAGCCCUGUCCUGUGUGUCUUCUCCGUAACACACCUGCAGAAGCAGCCGUGGACUGAUGAAACCUCCAGGAAAUGUGCUCUGGAGCUGCUGAACCGCAUGAUCACAGCCGGGGGAAGUGUCUCAGUGCAGGAUCUGCUGUGUGGGAGUGAUGGAGGAUCAAACACAGGGAUCCUGGGAGCCAUCCUGGACAUACUGCAGCCUGACAUGACAAAGGAAAACUGGAAGCGUAACGAAGCAGUGAAACACGUCUUCUCUUGGCUCUUGGUCCAGGUCGGACGUCCCUGCUUAGCCGACUACUUGGACAAGGUCUUUCCUCCAUCUCUGCUCAUAUCAGAUGACUACCGCACGGAGAACAAAGUCCUGGGAGUGCACUGCCUUCAUCACAUCGUCCUUCAUGUGCCUGCUGCUGAUCUGAGGCAGUUUAACCGAGCUCAGGUGCUCUACGACGCCCUGUACAAUCACCUGUACACGUCUGAAGCGCCGCUCAUACAGGUGGUUUUACCAUGUCUUAUAGAUUUACUCUCAGUCCUCGAGAAGCCUCUCAGCACCACAGGAUUACCCCGAACUCCGAACCGCCACGACGGCGUCCUCCGCCUCAUUUUAACCCACAUGGAAAUGGAGCACAAGCUCGCACUGCGCCGGAUCUACGCCAGCAAUCUGCUGCUGUUCGUGGAAAAGAUGGGGAUAGGCAUCACUCGGCACCUGAAGAGGCUGGAGAGGGUGAUUGUGGGAUAUCUGGAGGUCUCAGAUGGACCGGAAGAGAAAGCCAGGCUCAGCAUACUGGAGGUGCUGGAGAGUACCAUACAGGUUGCCUGGCCAAGGAUGGAGUGCAGGUUGUCUAUCCUGACCAGAAGCUUGCUCAGGUUCCUGGUGGACGUCUCCACAGAGCCUCUGUCUCCUGAGCUCACAGAGGAGCUGCUGAAGCGAGCAUCACGCUGCCUCCUCCUGCUGGACCGCUGCUCACAGGGCAGACUUGGGGUGGAGCUGAAGGAGGUGGACAACAGCUGCGUGAGUGAGCGAGUGUUAAAGUGCAUCCGGGAUGUUACACAUACGGAGUGUGUGAGCUGAACUGUGUUUGUGUGAGAGACGCACUUUAAAAACUGCUAAGCUUUAAAACAUUUUUUUUUAAAUAUAUAAAAUCAAAUCAAGUGCAGAAAUAAAUAAUAAUAAACAAUUA